GAGAAUCCUAUUGGUACUCACGUGGUCAUUGCACGACGUGCUAUAAAAGAGCGAGGCGCUACGAAUGUUUUGUCUCCACAUUUGACUUUGGCGUCCGGCAGGCAGAAGGCAUGAUGUUCGUGUUUAAGCUGAUUCCAGCGGUCCUGGUGGUUGUCGCCGCUAGUUCCAUUCAAGGCGCACCGUAUGGUCCUCCCCCGUCUGACGAUGCCGGUCCACCUCCAGAAGUCAUGGCGUUGUUCGCGGAAGCCAUGGCCAAAGGGAUGUCCGGGGAAGAAGCGGCCGCCUACGUUCAACAGAAGAUGAUGGAGGCAAUGGGUGUAGAUCCGUCUGUGCUGGGCCCUCCACCUUCCAAACGUAAACAGAAGAAAUCUGACGAUGAAGCUCCACCUCCAGAAGUCAUGGCGUUGUUCGCGGAAGCCAUGGCCAAAGGGAUGUCCGGGGAAGAAGCGGCCGCCUACGUUCAACAGAAGAUGAUGGAGGCAAUGGGUGUAGAUCCGUCUGUGCUGGGCCCUCCACCUUCCAAACAGAAGAAAUCUACCACAACGAAGAUGUCUGUCUUGAAGCUUGUCCUGUUGGUACUUGUUCUGGUCGCUGUGGUGAAAGAGCAGGGAGGCAAAGCUGCCGAUGUUGGCGGAAGAGCUGUAGGAGAAGCGCGGCAGGCUUCAUCCAAGACCCGGGCACUCGUCUCAGAAUCGGACCCGAUGGCACUUGAACGCGUGAAGCGCCAGCGAAGAGGCCUGAGGUCCUGGUUUUGCGAGAAACUCUCUGACAAGAAAAGGCCCAAUAACAAAAGAGGAGUGAAGGACAAGAUGUGGCAGACCUUCUGUGCUCCUGACGUUGCAGCCGCCAUGUAG